AUGGACGAAUCCAAAGGAUCCUUCUCCUCUUCUCCUCCUCUUGAUUAUUCCGCUAACCUUGACAGUCUCCACGUAUCCGUUCCCUGCAAGUCAGCGUCCGAUGCACUCCUUGCUUCCCUCAGUGUUGAAUUGCGUCAAGACCUGACUUCAAACGUUCUCGAUGCCUUCCUUGAGGUUUUACGAGACCCAUCUUUCGAUGCUAGGGAAGUCACUUUCCAAACCGCUCAUGACAUCUCUAGGCAUAUAUCCGAGCAGCGGAAAUGUAUCGCGCAGAAGAGGUCUUCAGCUGGUUCGAGGCUUCCAGUUCGAUCAGGCUCAAGUUCAAAUUUGAGCUUGAUGAAAAACGUCUAUGGAGGUGUUCCACCGCUCAUUAUCGACCUCGUCGCUCAACAAAUAGCGAGUGAGAUGAUUCCAUUUGCCGAGGACGUAGACUGGGACACGAACAUGUGCAACGUCGUCGACUCAAAGUGUCCUCGUGAGGUAGACCUCCUCAACAUGGCUCUCGUGCACCGGACAUGGACAGGACCCGUCUCUCGCGUUUUACGCACACGCGCCAAGCUGUACGGUGCCAAAACCAUCGAAUCCUUCCUCCGCAGUCCACGUAUGGGAACCUGGCUCCGCGAACUCUACUUCAUCGAAGCUCUCGAGUACGAAAACGCCGGCGAGAUGGUCCGACUACUCUCACAUCUCCUCCGCAACGUGCCAAAUUUAAAGAAACUCGCUAUUCGUACGUGGUGCAGACUCGACCCGGCUGACAUGUACGACUUCAACGACUUUGCGAAGGAGAUUGCGAACAUGCAGCAGCUUGAGGCGCUCUGGCUGUUCCCGAAUCGAGGACAUAUGGCGAGCUCGCCGACGAUUUAUGAGAUUAUCCCUCAUUUGAAGUCGCUAAAGUCUCUGCAUAUUAGGAAUUGGCUCGGAGGAGGAGAGGAAGGACAGCCUCUUCCAGCCGAAAUAGGACAGUUCCUGACUAACGGGAGUUCGGGUGCUACUCUUACGACGCUGUCGUUCGUUGAUGGUGGAGUAAACGAAGCGACUACUGCGUUCAUCCCUUGGCUUCUGCGUGAUUCUCCACUAGAGAACCUAGAAGUCCACACCAAAGACAUCUACAGACUCGAAUCCGGCGCCCACUCCCCCCUCUUCCGAGGUCUCCAACCCUUCCUCUCGCAGAUCAAGACCUUGCGAAUGCACUACUCCACAUUCAACGAAGACAAAGAAAUACGGACUCAAUUCGUCAUGAGCUGCAAGAACCUCAAGACUUUGUCUCUCGUCAUCGGUACACACCACGAGCUGAAUGUCUUCCCUGAGUCAAUCGAGCAUUUACACGUCCACUAUUCGACGAUUUGGCCCAUGUCGGGGAAGAAGUUACAUGACUGCCUUCAAGAACAACGCGCUUCGUUGAAGAAUUUGAAGACCUUAAAGUUAACAAAAGAUCCAAUUGACGGUCUGACGCUUAUUGAUCUCGUAGGUAAUAAUAACGAUAUUGUUGGAGUGGAUGGCGAACGGGUGGAGAACGCAUGGCAUAUUGACGAUUUACGGACACUUUGUGGGGAAUGGAAUAUGGAGUUGACGAAUGAGCAGAAAUUUGUGACAUUGGAUGAGCUGUUGAGGAUGUAG